UUUUAACAUGUUGAGUAAUAUCCAUCACUCUGUAAAAGACAACCUUGAGUCUUUCGGACACAAGCAUACCCAUCUCAUAGCUGCCUUCUGCCUCUAUGGUGUAUACACGGUGGGAUCCACUGCUCUCAGCUGAUCUUGGAGGUUGUUCAAGACCUUCCUGAGGCCUGGCAGAAACUUGUUCAAGAGGUAUCAAGGAGGAUAUGUGUUGGUAACCGGAGCCACAUUCGGCCUUGGCCUGGAAUAUGCCAGACAGUUCGCAUCCAAGGGCUUCAACUUGGUCUUGGUCGCCAGAAACCAAGAGAAGUUGGAUGGUGUAAAGAGAAAAUUUAAAGAAGAGUUUGGAGACAUCGACAUUAAGUUAAUUGUGUUUGACUUUGACAAACCUUACACUGCUGAGGGCUACCAACCUCUCAAGGAUGCACUUAAUCAAAUUGAAGAUAUCUCUGUAUUGGUCAAUAAUGUUGGGGCCUUAAAAGCUGAUUACUUUAACGAUUUGGAUAUUGAUAUGAUCAAUACAAUGCUGCAGGUUAAUCUUGUUCCUCAGACAAUCAUUACAAAGUUUAUGCUUCCCAAACUUCUAGAAAGAUCAAAGAAUCAGGGUAAAAGAACUGCAAUUAUUAGUCUAAGCUCAGUAGCUCAUUAUACUCGUAUGCGUCGUUCAACAAUUUAUUCAGCUACAAAAUCAUUCAAUAAGACUCUUUCAGAUGUGCUAAGAAAAGAGUAUGGUGAACACAUUGACAUUAUGGCUGUGCUUCCAGGAGUUACUAAAUCUCAGAUGAUUACCUUUGAUGCUCCUUUUGUUCUUCAGCCUGAACAGCAUGUAAGAUGGACCCUUAGCGACCUUGGAUACAACAGUCAGACAUUUGGUCAUUACAAGCAUUGGAUUUAUGGAAACGCCUACAGACUCCCUGGCUUUGAAGCCUUCUAUACAAGGCUAAGAUUAAGACUGCUUGAUCAGAAGAAGAAAGAGCAGGAUAAAUAGUUUCAAUUUCUGGUAUAUCUUUUGG